UCUUUUUCACAUUUGGUAAGGACAUUUGGUAAGGGGUGCAGCGAGUCCGACUGUAACCUUUUAAACCACAAGAGGGAGCGCGCGGUCGUCGAGAAGAACAGAAGACCAUGAAUUGCGCGGGCGCAUAUUGAAGGCUCUGGCUCUGCCUCUGCCUCUGCCUCUCUCCUCUGGCUCUGGCUCUGGCUAUGGCGCUUGAACAUAAGGCGGCGGACGACUGAUGAGAUGUGAAACGCACAAACAAUUCCUCCGCCGUCGGAUCUUCGGAAGGUGCGCACGCCACUGCCAGCCAGCCAGCCAGCGAGAGAGAGAGAGAGAGAGAGAGAGAGAGAGAGAGAGAGAGAGAGAGAGAGAGAGAGAGAGAGAGAGAGAGAGAGCGGUACGUGGUGCGGGUGAUCUCCAAGGAUGUCGACUGUGGGCGAGACGAUCAGUUGCAAAGGUAGUCGAGGGGGAGGGGAUCUCAUGUCAGGACUGAACGUGUACCGGAGAGGGAAGCAGGAUCCCGCCUCUAUGUUGGCGAUCCCGACAGGAGUCAGGAUCAAGAUCACACACACGGCGCUCUGCCACACUGAUGCAUACACGCUCUCAGGACAGGAUCCGGAGGGACUCUUCCCUUGCAUCCUUGGGCAUGAAGCAGCAGGGGUUGUGGAGAGUGUAGGGGAGGGAGUGACGGAUCUGCAACCGGGGGAUCAUGUGAUUCCCUGCUAUCAGGCAGAAUGUCGGGAGUGCAAGUUCUGCCUCUCCGGGAAGACGAACCUGUGCGGGAAGGUGCGCGUUGCGACAGGCGCUGGGGUGAUGCUCACGGACAGGAAGUCGCGGUUCUCGAUCCGCGGACAGCCCAUUUACCAUUUUAUGGGGACGUCAACGUUCAGCGAGUACACCGUCGUGCAUGAUGUGUCAGUUGCUAAGAUCCAUCCCGAUGCCCCGCUUGACAAGGUCUGCUUGCUGGGAUGUGGGAUCCCUACAGGAUUGGGAGCGGUCCUGAACACCGCAAAGGUCGAGCCCGGGGCUACGGUUGCAGUGUUUGGUCUUGGGACUGUUGGACUCGCGGUCUGCUCUGGAGCUCAAAUGGCGGGCGCGUCCCGCAUCAUUGGAGUCGAUAUCGACCCCAAAAAAUUUGAAAGAGCGAAGGACUUCGGCGCAACAGAGUUCGUCAACCCGAGGGACUAUGAAGGGAGACCCAUUCAACAGGUGAUCGUUGACUUGACAGAUGGAGGAGUUGACUACAGUUUUGAGUGUAUCGGCAAUGUCAAUGUGAUGCGUGCGGCAUUGGAGUGCUGCCAUAAGAAAAUCAAGGUUGACGAGUACAUAACUCAUGAGAUGCCAUUGGAGAAAAUCAAUGACGCAUUUGAUUUGCUGCAUGGAGGCGAGUGCUUGCGCUGUGUCAUCCACAUGUGAAUUGGCACUAAAUUCAGUAAUCGACGUAAUCGCGUCAUCGGACGAGAAACUCAGACGAGCGCUUGUGUGAGUACAACAAAAACAAAUCCCUACGUUUGGUGCCAUUUAUCCGACUACGUGACUUUCCUAAAGAGGACAGUGUGAAGAAGGUACGCACAGGCAGAGGCAGAAGAGGCAGAGAUCGACCUGAAAAGCGAAGUGCAGCGGAGGGUUUCAGGCUUCCGUUUGACGAAGAGUCGAAGACAUUCAACACGUACACAAUGGGGUUUAUCAACGGCCGGUGUUUGGACUCCAAUGUCCAGACGUUUUGAAAGCCACGUACGUGAGCUUGGAGACAUUUCUGAAUCCACCCACUUUUUGCGUUGACAUUCUGAAGCCACUUUUUGUGUUGACAUUCUGAAUCCACCCACUUUUUGCGUUGACAUUCUGAAUCCACUUUUUGCGUUGACAUUCUGAAUCCACUUUUUGCGUUGACAUUCUGAAUCCACUUUUUGCGUUGACAUUUUGAAUCCACUUUUUGCGGUGAUAUUCUGAAUGAGAUUUUUUUUCCUCCCUUUCCCUCACCUAAGACACUUGUUCUGUUUGAGCUUUGAGUCUUCUUCUUCUUCUUCUACCUCUUCUUCUUCUCCCCUCCUCCUCCUCCUCCUCUUCUUCCCCCUUCCUCCUCUUCUUCUUCCCUCUUCCUCUCGUUACACUACAUCUCCUCCUCUCUUCCUCCUCCUUUCUUUCCUUCCUCUUCUUCUCCUCCUCCUCCUCCUCUUUCUCCUCCUUAUUUCUUCUUAUCCUCCUCCUCCUCCUCCUCCUCCUCCUCCUCCUCCUCCUCCUUUUUCCUGUCUUUUUUUUGUUCUUUCUUGGGACCAAAUUCUGAUCGCAUUAUCUGGUCGCAUUUUAGGGCAGGUUCGGUUCAUCUGUAGCUAGAUGUGGUUUCCGACCAGGGUGGUUCUACUGCGGUAUCCUCUGCUUCAUCCUGUCAUUGUUUUUUUUUUGUUGUUGUUCCUCCCCACCUCGGCAUCCUGUCUGCGCCAUUUAAUGCGUGGAUAGUUCUGUAAAGAAGCUUUCUUUUUUCUCCCCAGUCGUGUGCUCAUGAGGAGCCAUUGUGACCAACUGAAUGGUACAUGCGUCUAAUGGGCACACAUGGAUAGACAAGAGGGAGCCCAAAUGUAUCUGGCCCAUGUUGCAUUCCAGAUACAUGUAGAAUGUUGAGCAGUGGAGCAAUAUCUUUCAUGAGCGGUGCAACUGAGAU